CCGGUAAUACGUACGUAGCAAUGGCCCAAAUGCUAGCACUCCAUCCACAGGCCAGCACCAUGACCAUGCUCUACAACUCUCUCCUGCUCACCUUGCUAUGCACUCCAAUCCUCCUACUUGUCAUCCAUUGCUAUAGGACACGUAACCGCAGUGGGGUUCUCGACAAGCUCCCCUCCCCACCGGGUAGGCUUCCAGUGAUCGGGCACAUGCACCUCAUCAGCUCCCUCCCACACAUGUCACUUCGUGACCUUGCAACUAAGCAUGGUCCUGACCUAAUGCUCCUCCACCUUGGUGCAGUGCCAACCCUAGUGGUGUCGUCCUCUCGCACGGCACAGGCCAUCCUUCGCACGCACGACAGUGUGUUCGCAUCCCGGUCCUACUCUGCCAUAGCCGACAUCCUAUUCUAUGGCACAACAGAUGUCGCCUUCUCUCCAUAUGGCGAGUAUUGGCGACAAAUCAAGAAGAUCGUCACCACGCAUCUCCUGACCGUCAAGAAGGUCCACUCUUAUGGCCGGGCAAGGCAGCAGGAGGUGCGGCUAGUAAUGGCCAAGAUUGCUUCGGGGGCAGCAAUGCAUGUGGCAGUAGACUUGACAGAGCUACUUGGCUGUUACUCUAACAACAUGGUGUGCCAUGCAGUGUCUGGUAAGUUUUUUCAUAGAGAAGGCCGUAACCAGCUAUUCCAGGAGUUGAUUGAGAUCAACUCAUCACUCCUGGGUGGCUUCAACCUCGAGGAUUACUUCCCUAUCUUGGCGAGGCUACCUCUCAUUAGGAAGCUGCUUUGCGCCAAGGCCCAUGAUGUCAAUAGGAGAUGGGACCAGCUACUUGACAAGAUCAUCGAUGACCAUACCAACAAGCAACAAUCCUCCUCUCUUGACAACAACGACCAGGAGAGUGACUUUAUCGAUGUUUUGCUCUCUAUUCAACAUGAAUAUGGCCUCACUAGAGAUAGCAUCAAAGCAAACUUGAUCGUCAUGUUUGAGGCUGGCAUAGACACGUCCUCCAUUGAGAUAGAGUACGCCAUGGUCGAGCUGAUAAGGAAUCCCAAGGUGAUGGCCAAGCUACAAAACGAGGUGAGGAGCAUAGUACUAAAAGGGCAGGAAAUAGUUACUGAAGAGCAGUUAAGUAGGAUGCCAUAUCUUAAGGCGGUGAUCAAGGAGACACUCCGGCUACACCCUGCAGCUCCACUUCUUAUGCCCCACCUUUCCAUGGUUGACUGUAACGUCGAGGGCUACACUAUACCCUCUGGCACUCGUGUCAUUGUCAAUGCAUGGGCUUUAUCUAGGGAACCUGGCUAUUGGGACAAUGCCGAGGAGUUUAUGCCAGAGCGAUUCUUUGGCAACACAAUGGCCGACUACAAUGGGAACGAUUUACAUUUCUUGCCAUUUGGAACCGGGAGAAGGAUAUGCCCAGGUAUAAACUUUGCCAUCACUGCGAUUGAGAUCAUGCUAGCAAACCUGGUGUACCGUUAUGAUUGGAAGCUACCGAUAGAUCAAGCGACAAAGGGAGGCAUUGAUAUGACCGAGACGUUCGGCAUAAGUGUUCACCGCAAGGAGAAGCUCUGCCUUGUCCCACACCUCCCUCAAGAUAAUUAGUCAUCAUAUCCUAUCUCGAUCUAAAGUUGCUAGUAUAUGUAUUAUGUUACAAUGUAAUAACUUGAUAUUGUUUGAUUAUUGUCUUUGUAACUUGUGUGAGUGGUGGGCUUGUAAUAUUUUCCUCUUAUUUGUGACUUGUAAUAAUAAACCGAGAU